AAAGAAUCAAAAUAGAGAACAAAGAAGUUCGAAAACAAAAACAAAAGAAGUGUUGACAAAAAAAAAAACAAAAAAAAAACUAUAAGAAGAACAAGAAUGUCGUUUUCUGGAUAUAGCUUCGUCAUAGUAUCAUUACUCUCCAUCGUCUUAACUCAAAUCUACGGUUCCUGUAAUGUAGACCCAAAUGCUAAUCCCCAACCGGCAGCAACGUCAGGGGUUAGGGCUCAUCCCCAACCGGCAGCAACGUCAGGGGUUAGGGCUCAUCCCCAACUGGCAGCAACGUCAGAUCUUAACACCCUAGGUCGAACCAACUUAGACCCAAGGGUUGAUCUUCUACCGGCAGAAACUUUAUUGGUUCACAAUCGGGUUCGAGCCGAAGUCGGGGUGGGUCCAAUGGUGUGGGACUUCAAACUAGCUGCCUUCGCACAGAACUACGCUAACGUACGAUCCAAAGACUGCGCCCUACAACAUUCGACAGACGAAAUGUACGGCGAGAAUAUAGCCGCAGGGUGGCUCAAGUCUAAAGAAUCAAUGAGCGGUCCGAUCGCGGCUAAGUUGUGGUAUGGCGAGAAGAAAUUCUACAAUUAUCAAACCAACAAAUGUAGUGGUAUGUGUGGGCAUUAUACUCAGAUGGUGGCUAACCAAUCGCACCGAGUUGGAUGUGGUCACGUCAGGUGUCAUGCAGAUACAUAUCUUUGGGUCGUAUGUAACUAUGCUCCUAGGCCGAUGGGUGAUGAGAACACACGUCCGUAUUAAUGAACUUUUGUUUUUAACAAGACGAAUAGUUGUCUGAUGUAAUAAAAUUUAACAUAAUAAGUUACGUACUAUAGAUAACCAGACAUUAUAGUAUGGAGAUGUCUGAUCAUGUAAUAAAAAUUAACAUAAUAAGUUCGUGUUUCAUAUAAUAUACCAGAAUCCAGAAAUUAUAUUUUUUGUGA